UUUCCUUGUUGAUGGUGUUGAAUAAAUGUUAAUUCAGUCUUCGUGAGGUUCUAGACGUGUUAACAACAUACUGGCCGCAUUAGACAGGACGAAACGCGUUUUUCAACCACUUGAAGUUGAGGAAGUUACAAAAACAUACACACACACACAAAAGAAAAGAAAAAAAAAACAAGAAAGAAAAAUCAAAAAAUAAAAAAAAAUCCAAAGAAAGGAAAAGUUACUAAAUUGAUCUAAAAAAAGUGAUUUGGGGGGAGAUAAUGUCAAAAUGUUGCAAAAUUAUUGUGAUGGAACAGCAAUGACCUUUAGAAAAAUAAAUAAAAACCCCAACAACAAAAAAGUGACCCCCCUCCCCCAACAUAAGAAAGUAAAACACAUCAAUUAACUACAAGAAAAAUAAAUAUAAAGUAAAUCAAUCAAUCAUUAAAUUACCUCAAACAAACUAGGAUUCUAUGUAACAAUGUUUUUGGAACUCUUCUAAGGUUAACUAAAUAUAAAAAGGAAAUCGAAUAAAUGAUAUUUAUUUAAGGACCACUCUCCCACUCUUGUGAGUUGUAAGAUACACACACAUAGAGGCUUGAUUUCAACAUCAAAGAACUAAAAAGUGAAUAAAACUAACAUCUAAUUAUUACUGCUGCAAAUAUUGUUAAUCAUUUGAUCCCGAAAUUGCAAAUGCAGUGAAAUUAUGAUGACCGAAAGAUGAUUAAGUGGAUUUGUUGAAAACAACUGCAACACUAAAUGUUAAAGUCGCCAACGGUCUAAUUGAAUAAUGACAAGGCUACAAACGGCAAGCGAAUCAAUUACAAGGAUAACACCAAACGUUGUGGUUGCAAAAGCAAAUUCCCCGGCAAUUGUUGCCAGUAAAUGGAACAGCAGAACCAUUGUCAACGAAAAACCCAAAAGUGAAAAGAAGACUAUUGGAUUGCAGCAGUUUAGUUGCGACACCACACCAUCAUACAUCCUACCCGACAGCAACGAGAACGGGCAAACAACCAAAAAAACAGUUCCAACCAAAAAAAUAUUCAUUGCAGUUAUAAAAGGAUUUUAGCCAGGCUAACCAAACCAAACUCAAAACGAAAAAAAAGCAAAAGCAAAACCGAGAAAAAUAAAGUCUAUGGAAAUCCUAUUAAAACAAAGUGAACCACCAUUGCCGCCGCCGCCGCCGUUGUUGCCGCCAUCUCGUUUGACAGCCUCAACAGAAGCAACAACACCAACACCCACAACAACACAGUCUUCUCUGUCCUACAACGUGAAGUUGACAAGCUGUAGUUGUUGCAGUGAUAAUGAGGAAAUUAGUUAUUUGCCUUUUAGUAUUUGGGCUCUAUGCAAUACAGACAGUGGGACACAUGAACAGUGACCCAGCGCCAGGACGUUCACCGGGACCACCUGUGCCAUUAGACGUUGCUGUUGCCACAGCCAUCCCAGCCAAGGUGGUGGGAGAAGAAAAACAACAGCAGCAGCAGAACAAUGUGAAAAUUGUAAAUAACGAUAGCCAUUAUAGCAAUUACAACAACAACAAUAACAAGUUUACUUACAACAACAACAAGAACAACAGCACCGAGGAGAGUAAUGACAAAGACAACGAAGAUGUUUCCUCCGCCAACAAUGACACAUUCUCAAUACCCCUUGAAGACCAGACCUCAGAUUUAGAUAACAGCAACAACAGCAACAAUGGGGAUAAGGGCCAUCAGGACGAAGUAACAUCCAAUGAACCAAUCACACCCAGUUCUUCGUUUUCUUCACAAGAAGUAGAAGAGGAACAAGCCGAAACAAUUAAUUUCCAAUUAACAAAAACUGAAAAUGCAAAGGACAGCAACCCUGAAAAUGACCAUCCUCGAAGUGGGGAUGAGGGAAAUAAGGCAGAGGCCCUAUUUAGCAGGGCAGCAGAAGAGAAUUUGCCUGAGCUGACAACUACAUAUGUCAGUGUUGAAAAACCACUGACCCCACCAGCUAAAUCUCUCAAUAAUGACCAGAUUUUACAACAAGAACAACAAGAAGAACAUGAACCCAUAAUGUCAGCAUCAUAUUCCGAACAAGCUACUGUCCAAGAGGAUGUGGCAGAGAAAUCAAAGAAGUUCUCAUCACCCACAAUGGCCAGUGUGAUGAAUUCAUGUCGCUCCGAACUUGAUAAUUUUCUUAGUGAUGCCAACGUGAUUGAUGUCGAUGAUGAUGAUGUAGCUGACACUGGUGCAACCAUGUCAAACAUUGUCAACAACACCAAAUUCAAUGUUCCCACAAUGCCCCCGCAUCGGGCCAUGCAAAUAGAAUUACAUCUGCACCAUGAUGUCUUCGAUACCUCCAGCGAAUUUGGCAUCAAUUGCGGUCUACUCUAUAAAGUGCAUCUUACAAUGACUCCAGUGCCAGUACGGAGUGGGGCAUCGGCAACAGCAGCAACACUCAAAAGACCAGCUACAAAACGAAGCCAACAGCAGCCCGUAAUGCCGGAAAUGCAAAAUCCGACAAUUCAUUACACGGGGGAUUUCUUCGUUGAGACCGUGUCGUUGUUGAAUGCUCAAGACCGCGGUAGUUUUGUCAGUUUGGCUGGUGCUGGCAACAAGUUGCCAAUUUCAUGGUUCGCCACAUCGCAACAAAAUGGCAAACGCCAACCGAUGAAAACAGCUAAAGGCCCAAUCAUGGGCAAUGGCAAAAAUCCCAGCCCCAGAGAUGAAUUUGCGGAAGCAUUGCACAAAAAUGAUUUUAGCUCUUCGUCAUCGGCAUCAGCGGAAGAGACAGGCUCACCGGCAGCUGCAUCCAAAAAAGUAUUAGAUGAACGCCACGUUGAUGAUUAUGUUGCCCGCGAUGACGGAGAUGUUGAGUAUAUUGGUCAUAUACCAACAAAUAUAUUUUUUAAAGAUUUUGCCAAAGUACGAAAUGCAUCUAAGCUAAAACGAGAACGUGAACGAGAACGAGAACGUGAGCAACAUCACGCGAAUGCUAAAAACAGCCAUCAGAACCGUGAUGACACCAGCAGCAAUGACAGAUGGCAUUACGACAAAGAAUUGCCAACGUCAUCCAAUGGGAAUUAUAAAAGAUCUCUGUUAUCAGUUGUAUCGGGUGCAGCAUUUAAUGAUGCCACGAUGCAAACGUAUUCCCGACAACAACAACAACAACACAACGGAGUGGAGGAGCAACAACAACAACCAGCCAUACCAACAAGACAACGACGUGCUGUAAUGCCGGAUGAGUAUUCAGAAACAUGUCCGGAUAACAAAUGGCGAGGAACAUUCAGAAGUCAUACUAAUGCUGCGGGCGGCAUUAGUAGCGAAACCAGUGCCAUGUGGUGGCUUAAUGAGCUCUGCGAGCAGAAUGACAUCAUUGAAUUUAGAGUAUUUUUUCGUAUGAAAAUGAGAACGACAAACGCUGCUAAGAACAAGACCAUUAAUACAAAUGGAAGUGACGACAAUUAUCGCAAUGAAGCUGCUGCCAAUGCUGAUGAUGCACAAAUAGUGGUUUACAGAAAAACUUUUCAAUUUCAUAUACGCAAAGACUGCCAUCUAAUGUUACGUGAAAUCUCUAUGGGUACAUUGGACUAUACCGUAUUGCCUUUAUACUGCAUAGAUUGUACAGUUCAUUUUCCUAAAUUUAAGCAACUCAACUCAGAAUCGGAUGCACCCAAUCCGAAUCCGAAUCCACCACCCGGAAUGCUGGUGGAAUUGCAACGCCUCAAUGUGCCCUGUGCCAGCGGUGGCUUUGUGCGCUUCAAUCGCCAAAAGGUGUUGUGCGGCAAGUUGGAAGAGCUCGACAGCACGGAUCGGAUAUAUCAUUUCAAUGUUCGGGACGACACAUCUGUACAGUUCUAUAGGAAUCCAAUGUUUAGUUUAAGUUUUAAAUUAGUCGAUUAUUGCUAUAAUGUAAGUACCAGCAAUCAAACGGGCGAAUUUUAUAUAAGGCCCAGUAUGAAGGAUACGUUGGAGUGUUAUUUUCGCAUACACCUGCCGUACGGCAAUAGGGUGUUGCUGCGAAUGGUGACGAAUAAUGAUAGUGAUAUUUUACCCAUGCCAAUGUUGGGACAGCAGCAGUUUCCGUCAGAUGGUGAUAAUGUCGAUGAAGAUGUGGAUGAACUUUAUACGAUUUUCUCCCGCCAAGGUACGAGAAUUGGGGCACAAGUUAUUAAUCUCACCCUACACAAUGGUAAUGGCAAUUUGGGAGCCUAUUCUCCGCUCAUGCCAUUGUUUAAACAAUCUGAACUGAAUUCUACGAGUGGCAGGAAAUUAUCUUCAUUUGGCGGCGAUGUGAAAUCGAAAACAUUUGCCAAUUUAAUUGGCCUAGACUCGUUUGGUUUUUUGACCAUAAGUAAAGCUAACUUACAAAUGGCCUACACUGGCACUGCCAACUGUAUCGGCCUGGUGAUAAAGGUAUUCGAAAAUGACAAUUCGGCCAAGUGGUCGCAUUGUGUCAACGAUACUCGUAACGUGCGUGGCUUUAUUCUGGAGUCGUCCAGCAACACAUUGAGUGUACAUCUUUUUCGUACCACAGCGCCGGCUGCAAAACCAUCAGCCAGAAAUAACGACAACGGCAAGCUGAACAUGCCAGCCAUAUAUUUAUCGUAUCAGGCUCGUCCUCUGAAAAAUAUUGUCUCAAAUUGUGCCUUUGGUUGGAUUGCUAUGCAACAAUUUUGCAUAGCUGCCAUUGAAUUGGCCAUGUCGUGGCAUGAGGGUGAAAAGUACUGUUCCAAACUGGGUGGCCACUUAGUUUCGAUACGCAACGAACAACAGCAGCAGACCAUAAACGAGUUGCUCAUCAAGAGUCCGGGCUAUAAGGAUGAGAAUGCCUACUGGGUCGGUGGUUCGGAUAAAAGUUAUGAAGGUGAUUUUCGCUGGAGUGAUGGCUUGUUAUUUCAAUAUACCAAUUGGUUUCCCGGUUGGUCACAGCAUGGUCACUAUAACAAGCAACCGAAUGACGAUGGUCUUAGCAGUCAGGAUUGCAUUGAAUUGAGACGUUACUUUCGCACACCACCCGGAAUUCAAAGUAGCCGUAGUCCUCUCACGAAUCGUUAUAUGUGGAAUGAUCGCGACUGCAGUGCCAAUAAUUAUCUGAUUUGUGAAAGAGCAAUGGAUGAUGAAUCGAUGAGGCGCAAUUGGUUAAAUGACUGCAACAAAACCGUGUCCUUGAGCAAAGAACAUCCACGAGCUUCCAUCUGGAGUCCUUCAUUUCCGCGUCAAUAUCCAGACAAUGCUAAUUGUUAUACGACAAUUACGGCACCGGCUGGCUAUCGUAUUGUAAUCGAAUUUGAGGAAUUAGUUAUAGAAAAUGAACCAGGUUGUACUUAUGAUUAUUUGGAGAUAACCGAACCGAAAAUCUCCGAAUCGCUAAAGAGCCCAACGAAAACAUCUUCCAAUCGACAUCGUUAUACACAUAACAGCAAUAGCAACAACAACAAUAACAACAACGACAGGAAUCCAAGUCUAAGAACAUUUCGUAAACGAAGUUCAUACAGCAAUCAGCAGGACGAUCUGAAUCACGAAAACUAUCCAGCCGACAGCAGUAGUUCCGAUCAAAGCUACGCCCCCAUGAAUACCGAUUACAAUGGCUACGAUCUGUCGCAAAGCAAUUAUCAAAAACUUUUACAAAUCUAUUCAAGUUUAUACAGUCCACGCGAUGAUUUUCUUAUACAAACUCCCGACUAUCCUCACGGCAAUCCAUUCUAUCAGCAUCCGCAUCACAAUCGUCAUCAUCAUCAGCAGCAGCAGCAACAACAGCCGAUGUCAUCGCUCAACAAUAAACAGGAUUAUGCCAGUCAAAAUAACAAGGAAGUGGUACCGAAACGUCUGUGCGGUGAUUGGAGUACUAAGCUCAAGUUACUGCGCUAUGUCUCGAAGGGUUCAUAUUUGGGUUUACAUUUUGUUUCGGAUUAUUCACAUCAUUUCGGUGGCUACAAGGCUAAAACGUAUAUGGAAAAUACUGCAUCUGAAUGUUCCAAUGAACGCCUGAGACCGUACAAUGGUUCUUGUUAUUUAUUCGUUUCAUAUCCGGAAGUCGAUUGGAAUACGGCACAGCAGGUGUGUCGUGCCAUGGGUGCCUCGUUGACCUCAGUGUCAUCGGCAGAUGAACACAGAUUUAUAACAUCCAAUAUCCGCAAUCAAAUUGACUAUUCACCACAAUUGAUUUAUUGGUUGGGUGCUGAACUGGAGAAAAAUCGUCAAUUCGAAUGGACAGAUGACACAGAGAUGACAUUUCAGGGCUGGUUACCUGGCCAGGGUCAGUUCGAUACACUGCCCCCGGAUGCCAUGUGUUUGGGAUUGCAAUGGAAAAUGUCACCCACUCCAAUGCUGCCGUCCGGUCUGUAUUGGCAAUCACAAAAAUGCACAAAAGUUGGUGGCUAUGUGUGUAAGAAGCCCAAAGAACCGUUUGGAAGUUUGGCUUUCAGUAAUUUCACAAUAACUGGAACGGAAGGACGUCUUGUGUCACCAGCCUAUCCGAAUACAUAUCCAUUGAACAUAAACUAUUGGGUGCAUAUAAAAGCACCGGAGCGCACUCGGAUUAUAGUUCAAUUUCAAAAAAUCGAUUUAGAGUCGCAAGAUGAAUGCCUUUACGACUUCGUAAGCAUACAGGAUUAUGACAUUGUAUCGAAGAUACAACUCGAACCUGGUGCGAAUACCGUGCCAAUGGCCAUGUUAAUGUCACACGAACAAUUUGCAGCUUACGAAGGCGAAGGCGAUACCAACAAAGGCAACAAUGAAAACGAUGGUGAUAAUGAUGACUUUGUUCCCAAUGGAGGUGGUGGCGGGGCACGGGUCGGUAACGAUGAUGAUAUAACAACUGCUGCACUUGAAGAGGCCAAUGAGUAUAACAAGAGUGGGGAUAUGUCCAGUGGUGAUGAUGAUGAUGAUAACAAUGGUGUCGAUAACGAAACCACCCUGAGGGAUGGUGAGGUGGACAAUAGAAGAAAUAAACAGCAACAACAACAACAGCGUGAUAAACGAAGAUUACGACGAAGUAUUGAACGAAAUCCACACACAAAAGGAUACACUGCCAAAAUGCAAGGACAUAGCCAAUAUUAUUAUGGAGGCCAUGGCGAAAGGAAAGCAACCGGGUUUGGAAAACGAAAGAAUGAGGAAAUGCAAUUUCACCAGCAAACUGCUGACAAACUUCGUACAAAGGGAAAUUCACGAAAAGUGUCAAAAAAUCAUUUGAAUGUCAACAGAAGAACUGACAUGUCCACUGGCCGAGACAGCAGCAGCAGGAAAAAACAUCGCAUAACUCGUAGAGAAAUGAAAAAGAGCCCCAGACGGGAGAUCCGUGCAGCGAAUUUUUUUCAUCUACCCCUACCUCGUCAUAAACGGAAAGCAAUAAAAAUGAAAAGCAAUAAUAAUGGCGCCUACAAAGCCCGUCAACGCCGUAGCACAAUAAUUGGCAGUGGUACUCGGUCGCCAACAGAUAAUGCUCAAACCUUCUUGCCCUAUGUUCGUUGGUGUGGCACCCACGAUGCGAACAUGUCCAAAUUUGAUUUUGUCUCAAGCAGCAAUGAGGUUAUGUUGAAUUUUCACAGUGAUUACAGUAUGGCCAGCAUGGGCUUUGCUGCCAUUUGGAAGGCGAUCGAUGUCUCGGGAUGUCCAUUGCGAACACUCACAUCACGAGAGGGCACAAUAUCAAGUCCAAAUUUUCCAUAUUUUUUGCUGAACAAUCUUAAUUGUGCCUUUGUUAUACAAGCCCCGUUGGGAAAACGUGUCUGGUUAGAAAUUAAGGAGUAUGAUUUUGUUCAAGAUGCAAUGUUGGAAGUGGAUUUGGGUAAUGGUGUCUUUCGCCCUUUUCAAAAUGCCGAUCAUGUUAACGACGGAAUGUUUGUCAGUUUGAGAGAACAGCUGCGAGUGCAGUUUCGCACGGGUCAACAUCCGAGAGGGAGAGGAUUUCAAGCCAUCUAUCAUACGGUUGGUCAAAUGGAAAAGCGUGAACGCGUCAUCAAGCUGACCACCAAUGACACCGGUUACCUUUAUCAGUUGAACUAUCCGCACGAUAUGCCAGAAAAUGUUGACUUUACGCAGCAUCUAGUGGCACCAUUUGGCCACAACAUCCUCUUGGAGCUGCAUGAUGUUGAAUUCUCAGAGAAUGGAUGUCCGGACAACAACAUAAUAGAGGUUUAUGAUAAUUACGCCGACAAUAAUGGCACCAAAUGGCAACUAUGCAAAUUUCAAAAUGCAAAUGUCCACACUGGCAGUCCCAUUGAGGAUAGCAGCUAUUUAACCACCAACAACCAUAUGCAACAGCCAACUGACUAUUUUCUGGGUAGCAGCAGCAGCAGCAGCAUCAGCAGUACUAGCGCUAAUGAUUUCCAUCUCAACAAUGACGUAGUGUUUGAUAGCCAUCUGCUGGCUGGGGCUGGCGGUGGCAGCAACGGCCACAUGGAGACAACAUCCCCAUGGGCAUCAACGACAGAUGUUGCCGAAUUUUUACUACGUCAACAACAGCUGCAGCAACAGUUGUACUACAGUCGGCCGACAGCUCCACCUCCGGUGUAUAUAACCUCUUACCUGAAUACACUGUACAUACGUCAGCGUACCACUGCCAAAUCCAUUGCAAAUCUUAAUUGUACCGUACGCCUGCAAUGGGAUAAUAAUUACAAAAUUAAAUUAGCAUCAGGGGAUUUGAGUGUCGAAGCAUGUCAACCGAAUCCCUGUCAAUACAAUGGCAAAUGCAUAGUCAGCAAUGGAAGCAGUUACUGCCAAUGUCUGGGCCAUUACACGGGAAGAUUUUGUGGUCUGAAUAUGUGUGAACUGGAUCCCUGUGUCUUUGGCAGGUGCGAGCUGACAACAAACAAUUUCAAGUGUCAUUGUCAACCUGGCUAUAUGGGCACAACGUGUGAACAAAAACAAAAACCCUGUUCGGAGAAUCCUUGUGAGGGUCGUGGUGUCUGCAUUGAAAAGAAUGGUGGCUUCUUUUGUCGCUGCUAUGCAUGGUGGGAGGGACAUCGCUGUGAAAAACGUAUGCUGCAUAUACCCUAUAAGCCGCUGUCGGAACGCAUGCUGCAAGAGCCCUUUUGGCUAGGUCUUAUUACAGUAUUCGUUGUUCUGGCUGUCAUCGGCUUGGUGUGGUGUGCCAAGCGCCAUUUUCCGGAGAAAAUCGAAAAACUCUUGGCCGAAGAAGCUGAUCGUAAUCGACCACCUGGUUCAGUACAUGGACAUCAUCAUCACACAUCACUGCGCGAGCAAUUACAAUUUACAACUGCCAUACCACAAACGACUGUUAAUAACGCACCGGGCGCACCGCGGUCCAUAUUCAACAGAUUGGGUAUAAGAAAACCAUCAUUAUUGAGCCUCAGCAGCCCCAAUCCAGUACCUGGAGGGGGAGGGGCAGCAGCGCGUACAUUUUCACUUGACGAUCUGUUACGACCGCCUCCCCGACGUUCACCAUCACCUCGCAAGAAGCGCAACAAUUCUACACCUGUUAAGAAAAAUGCUGCCGAAAAGAAACAAAUCCUCCAACAGCUUGUCUCACCGGCUGCCCAAUCGUCAAAGCCCAAAGUAAGUUUGGGUGAAUUGAUUUCAUUGUCGGAGAAUCGUUUACAUGCCGGCAGCGCCGGCGGCACCAUCGACUCAGAGAGUGAUCAAAAGGAGACAACAUUUUCCGAGAACACCGGUUCCUUAACGUCGGCCACUGUCGAGCGUGCCAUCAAUGAUCCCAAACUGGAGAAGAAAGUAACAUUUGCCAGGCUGCUGAAUAAGGUUUCAGCUGAAAUGAGUUCGGGAUCAGAGGCAACUCGUAACUCUAGUGCCCUUAGCCUGCCAACAGAUAUACAAUUGCGAGCUAGUUCCAUGCCACCAUCACCCUGCACCAAUGACAUACGCUCACCGCACAGCACCACUUCCAAUCAUGGCAGUGAUUCCUUUUCAAGUUCCGAUCUGGCAUUAACCGAUUUCGGUUUGCGUUCCAUACAAACCAGCGGCAGUGAAAUGGGCAGCACCAACAACAAUCAGCUAAGUGGCCUAACAAUGGGUUUGCCGCCACCACGUUGUCGCAUUGGCUCUCCGGCCCGACCCAAGGUGUCCAGUGCCGAUUCCAUCUUGGCCAUGUUUAGAAACUUUGCUGCCGCAAAUACCUCGAAUGUAACAACGGCCACAAUGCCAUCAACAUCGGCCUCGGUAUUCGUUUCACCUUCCACGACACCAACCGUUUCCAGUCCCCAGGAUGAUGCACCCGGCGAUGAUGAAUCGUCGACAUCGUCCAUGCACACACCCGUCAGCUUUUCAAGUGGUCCUCCCGAUUCGCCUGUUUUCUAUCGCCAGACAACUAUCGAAGUGCCUGUUCUAGAUGUUCUCAAUGCGCACAAGAGCACAUCGCCGUCAUCAUCGACCUCAUCGUCAUCGAAUAAUCUCCUCCACCCACCGACAAUAUUGCUUGAGAUUCCAAGCAGUGGCAUUAACAAUAAGUGCCUCUCGCCAAUACGGGAAAUGCCCACGCCAAUACCAUCGCCAGCCCUGACGCCGAUAAUGCAGCGUGGCCAUCGUUCCAACAGCCCGAUAUUCCAAGAAGAUCCGCUGUCGGGUGGUGACUUUAGUGACGAUGACGAUAAGAGCGAUACCAGUGAUACACAUUUGUCGGAAAAACUUAUAAUUGGCCUGCAAAAGGAGAAAUCAUCACGACUCAUCGAUUCAGAUGUGGAAACAGCACCCACGGAUACCACAACAACGUCAAUGGCUGAACUCAACAAGCCAACAUCGAACACCACAAGUGGAGGUGGUGGUGCUGGUGGUUUGGGCCUCUAUCACAAGCUACCCAUGCUAAGUAUAACACCAGCUGUAGCGGUAACAGCUGCACCCGUCAUCCAACAGAUACCAGUGCCCGCCAUUACCAUCGACGUGGAACCACCAACACCCGAGGAGAAACAGGCACGACCACGCGAUCUCAUAAUACCAACAUUGACGGUGGAACAGCCAAGUCCGACAAAGAAUCGCCAUCCAAUGAUUAUAUUUCCCGGAUCGCCGCCACCGCAACGAGCCAGCAUAGGUGAAACCAGUUUUAUGUUUCCAAAUAAGCAACAACAAAAAAGGCUCUUAAAGCAAUUUGAGAAACCUACAUCUCUGGAUUUUCCCUUUGUGCCGCCCAUGAUAACGGUAACAUCGAACAUGAGCGAACUUGAAUCGGACACAGAACCAUUGUCGCCGGCGCCCAAGACAAUUAUGGGUGGUGGCAGUGGCCCUGGUGGUCUAAUGCCACCCAAUCCGGUGGGCAUGUGCUAUCUAAGUCCGUUUACAAUGUGCACUCGUGCGGAUCGCACAAUAUCGGAGAGCAAUCUCAGCUCUUCGGGUUACUCGAGCAUGGCCAGUCCUGGACCAAGCCGUUGUGGCUCCAGUAAUCCCCUCUAUCCCAACGAAAUGGACGAGCCGCCGGGCAGUGGUCAUUCGGGAGCGGGUUUAUCCUUACAUGUCAAUCUAAUGAAUCGUCGAAAGAGUUCGGUGCUGCCAAGUUGCAAGGAGAACAUCAGCAAUGGUAAGUGCACGGGAGCAGCGGCCGCUGGUGGUGCUAAAACGGAUCGCUUGCAUAGCCAUCGUCCCCGAUCAGAUUCGGAAACAUUUUCCGAUGACAUUCUAAUAGAGUCCAAUGACGAGGGUAUUGGCACUGAUCAUGUGGACGAAAAAUUGGAUGAGACCCGUUUAAGCCAUCGACGAUUUGACAUGUUUUUGGAUGAAGAGGUACUAAUUGAGGUGGAAGAACCACCGCCCUGCACCUUGGCUUCGUCGUCGGGAGCGUGUACAGCCAGCUGUGCACCGCAAAUGGCCCAACUGCAACUGCCGUCAAUUGUGAUACAAAUUGACGGAUGUGGUGAUAAGACACUGUCACCGGUAUCUUCGCGAUCCGAAAGCCCUCUGAGCGAACGUGCCGGCAUUGGCCGAUUCUCACCACAUUUCUAUGGACGCAAGGAUCAGCUGCCGUUCACCGAUUCCGAUGGACUGUACGAUUUUCCAUCGUCCGAUGGCAAAGGUACGUCAGCGCAAUCAUUUACCCAUCAACGACGCAGUAGUAGCAAGAAACGUGAACGUAAAUCAUCGAAAUGCUCUGCAACACAAUCGCCAACAAAACAACAACUUGAUGUACCGUCAAAGGAGUCGUUGAACACCUCGUCGACGACACCCAGCAGCAUUGGUCACGUCUGCAACAAGCAUUGCCACUCACAUCACCAUCCAUGCCCUGCCAUAACAGUAACCACCCGCAAGAGCCCAAAAAGACGUUUGUUGACUCGACAUGCGGUGGCGAGCAGUUCUUCGUCAUCGGAGAGUCUGAAUUCAACGAAGGAGUUGACCGUAAGACCUUUGCCACGACGUCUAAAUUCACCAAAUCGUGAGAAAAGGCCGAGGAAACAAGAAAGUCUUAGCGAAGAUGAGGUGGCUGAUUCAAUCUUGAGACGGAUUUCACCAAGCAUUGUCAAGGAGGAGGAUCCACCAAAACCUAAAUGCAAAAUAAAUCGUUUACGGGCAAUUGGAAUUCAAAUCAGAUUUUUGCGACGCUUAGAAAAAUCCAUAAAAACUCGCGAACGUAUCGCCUCACCAUCCGACAGUUGUCCCGAAGAAAAUACCGACGAUAUGGAUUCACCGCAGGCAUCUUCACCACUCCUACAGCCAACAUCACCAAAUAAGACUCGAUUGGCAUUGUGUCGACAGAAACGUCUUCCCAGCGAGGCAUAUGGCAUAACAGCAGCCGAAAUGAAUUCCAGCAAUUGGAAGGGCAUGGAUCGUAGUUUGAUUGGAGAUGACUUAACAAGUGAUUGAAAUGCAUACAGUACGGAAUGUAUGUCAAGUAGUUUUUAGGAGCUUGAUAAACACAUUACAGAAAAAAUAUAUAUUUCCUUAGACAUGUAGCAAAGGUUAACUAAACCCCAAAAAAAGAAGAGAAAUAUUAAAAUUAGUGUAAAUUGUAAAUAACUUAGUAUAUGAAUUUCGAAUAUAAGAGAAUCUUCCUCAAACAUUUUUUUCACAUAAUUACAACAUCAUAUUCACACGUUCGUUCUAUUCCCCCUCACAUGUUUGUGUGUAUGUGCAGUUUAAUAUAUAUAGUCACAUCUUUACUACGAAACGGAAUUGAAUUUGUCCUUCUAAAUUUUUAAAAUCACAUAACCUACAGAACUUAGACGAUAAUUAUAAGAAAAAUCGAAAAAUAAGAAAUUGGCACUAAAACGUACAUAUUGUGGUAUUAAUCAUAAGAUAUUCUAAUACACCUAUUAUAGAAUUACACACACAAACACACAUGUAGAUGCGUAGAUAUGUAUUCACAUUUUAAUAGAUAUUAACAUUUAAGUACGGUUAAAAGUUGUGACUAUUUAAUUUUCACUAAAAGAAGUAUAUUUAAGAUAACGAAGAAAAAAAGAAAACACAAGCUAUUUUUCAAAUAGUUUUAGGGAAUUCCCAUCUCCCAUACCCUUCUCAGAUAAUUGGUGUGCAGUUGUUAAGUUCUGACACAGAAAAAAUGAGUGAAGGGAAAAAGUUAUCUCCAACUCCGAAAAUGAAAUCUAAUGCAGAGUUUUUGUAAAUCGAAAAUGAAAGAAGAGUUCCCACUCGAAAUCGACUUAAAAAUGGAAACUAUGAGUUUUUAGCUAUUUAUGGUACAAAUCUGGUCCUAUCAAAAUAUCUACUGGAAGAGUAUCACCGAAUCGAGAAUCAGCCAUAAUUAUAUUUGACCAAAAUGUCUUCAGGUCCGAAGUUAUCGAAAUUGUUGGAAGACUUUUUAAUAUAGAACCAACGCCAAUGUUUCCAAAAUAACGGAAUUGUCAAAAGAACUAAGAACUUUUACGUUGCAUACUUUUCGACGUGUGGCUGCGGGACUUCUAUUUACCCCAGAUACUACAGAGGUUGUGGAAUUUAACAAUAUAUUUUAGUUUUUCUGCAAUCGUUCCGAAAUUAAUGACUAUUCAAAUGCUGGAACAGUCGACGCCCUAGCAGGAAAAUAAGCACUAUGGCUGUCGCCAAUAUAACUCAUUACUUUCUUUCGGCUGACUUGCGUAUACCAUAUUCGAUAUUCUAUUAAAAUAAGGCGAAAACCCAAAAAUAUAUUAAAAUAACGAAACAUUUCGUUAAGUUAAUGAGUACGAAUUUUGUCGUAUUAAAUGUUGUGAUUUCUUAAAAUAAGGUAAAAAAGAAGUAGCUUCGACCGGGCCAAACUUUGAAUACCAUUUGGAUCGAAUAGAAAAAUUUUCAAAAAAAUAAAUAAAAUAAAAAAAUAAAUGUAUAAAAUCCGUUAAAAAAUCUCUUAAAACUUUAAAAAUACUGAAUAUAGAAAGUCGCCGUUAUAGUGGGGUCUGUACGAAGACGUGGACUUGCAUAGGCAACAUUUGUUAUAGGCCAUUACAAUGUUCCAAUACGAAACUUGAAAAAAGUCCGGUGAAUAAUGUAAUUAAAAUCAUCAAAAUACCGAAUAGGGGGAGGAACCGAUAUAUGGAGAUAUACGAAGACCUCGACCUGCAUAGACAAUUUUCUGUCACAGGUUGUAGUAACCUAUUAGGAACUUCGAAACGUAGCUAAAUUCGUCAAAAUACCGAAUAUGGGGAGGUACUGAUGCAUGGGCCCUAUUCGAAGACCUGAACCUUAGACAAUUUUCUGUCAUACACUAUAGUACCUAUUAGGAAAUUCAAAUACGAAACUUGAAACAAUUCCGUUGAAUAUUUUUAGACAAUUGCAUUGAAAAAUGUAGGUAAAAUGAUCAAAAUACCUAAUGUGAUAUGUGGGAGCGUGCUAAGCACUGGGAGCUUGUCAAAAAGCCGAGAGCUUGCUAUGAUCUGGAUCGAAUUGUGGCUAAUUAGUAUCGAGACUGCGGACGACCCAUACGUCUAUUCGUAUUUUGUCGGCUAUUGAUCGACAUUCUCGAUGGAUAAAACCAAAAUACAUAUUCAGGUAGUCACACGAAGUGAAUGAGAAUUAUUAUUGAAUGGUACGUUGACUGCAUUGAAAUGAACGUUGACUGCAUUGAAGCUAACACAUGCUACCGCAAUUGGGCAAUGUAAAAAAUGCGAAUGUAAAAUAUGUAAUGGUUGUUUGAAACAAUCAAGUCCCUUAUUUUAAAAAAUGAAAGCAAAAUAUUUUGAAAAACAGCGUUUUUGAAAAAAAAAAACAUAAAUUUCAGAGCUCACUUUAAAUGCAUAUUUGCAAAGGAAGAAAAUUAUUAGAAAAAUUGAGCCCAAUAUUUGAAAAAUAAAAUCGAGACAUUUCAUUCAUAUUUAAAUAAAUGAUAACUUCUUGCAUUCAAUUUUGAUUCAGACAUUAAAUGUUGUAUUUAAGUAGUUUUUUGAAACGGUUUACUGAAACUGAAAUUACCUUUUCAGAAACACUUGCGGCUUUGGGGUGCAUCGCAUAAAAACGCUGCAUACCGUUAGUAUGUACGCUUCUCAUGGAAUUUAAAAUAAAUCUGGUCAUGGAAAGAUUUAUUUUUGUAUUGAAUAUCUGACUGAAUAUUAAUCCGAAUAAAAUGUAUAUGUAUACGGGCUACAAAAUCAUUUAUAUGGUUAGUGAUGAAAUAAAUAGUUGUCCAUGGGCAAUGUGAAGCUGAAAACAUAUCCAUUGAUGUCUAGUGUAGUCCCCAGUGGCGGUGGUACAGAUGUUUGCACGAAAUGUGCAUACCCCACUCAUACCGUCAACCGCUUCCUGCAAUUGCAGCAAAUUUAUUAAGCAUUCUUUAAGAAAAAUUUUCACGGGGCUGUGCCCGAAAACUUAACGCGAUUUUUUUCGCAAUUUUGCUUUAAGGUGCGAUCUGCCAAACCCAAAGAGAAAAAACGGAAUUUAAAUUUGUGAAUCAAUUAUGUAUUACUUACUUUUUUUCCAACCGACCGCCUUCUUUUUUACUACGGAGACUCAGACAUUCUCUCUGCUUGUUGGUAAUUGGCGAAGCUUCCGGCAUUAGAAUGAUCAGAAGUUUCGCACAGUAUCUUCCGGAUUAGACAAUAUGACUGGACGGACGUAUAAAGACAUUUGGAAAGUUAUGCAUGGAUAUAUGAAGUCAAUAUUUAGCCGCUGCAUGAGCCAAGGGUACUUUCAGCGUGCAUUCAAGAGUGCUAGAGUUGACGAGCUACUUAAGUCGCCGGAUAGGAUAAGAAGUGAUCCUCGCUUAUAUCGUUUGGAAAAGUAAGAUGGCAAUAGUGUCCGGGCUUAAGGAGUGCUACUCCGAACAUCAAUUCGGUUUUACCGAUGGUAGAGGUACUGUGACGAGUGGGUGCACGGCAGUAUAUUCUGAGCGGGUCAAAUGCCAAAUAUGUUGUUAGCAUAUUUUUUAAAUUCAAAGGUGAAUUUCCCUUCCUUUUAUGUGAUAGUAUGCUCACGAGGUUGUUUGCGAUCGUUUGUCAGUAGUAUGGCUUUUUAUCAAUGAAUCAAUCAAUGACGUAUGAAUUUAUUCAUGACGCAUCGUUCGUACCAAACUUUCGGUUCGGCUUUCUUACUGACUGGACACGGCCCUCUCAAGGCGUUUUUGCAUAAGAGAGGUCUUGCCCAGACGGAUUUAUGUGGGUGUAUGAUGACUUAAGACUGAGUGCAUACAGGGUGAGAAAAGAAACAACUGCAACAAAGUCAAACGCCAUAUUUUUUACAUUUUUUUUUUUAAAUUUUAUUGAAUGAAAGCAAAAAAUGUCGGAAUUGUAUCAAAUUUUAGAAUAAGCUUACAUUUGUUCGAAUUGGUCACCUUUGGCACGAAUUAUGGCCUUCAAACGGCCAAUGAAAACGUCACAACCUGCCCGAAUGUUGCUCUGCGGUAUUUCGGCCCAUUCCCGGCGAAGCACUUGCUUGAGGUGAUCGAUACUCUGGUAUUUUUAGUGCCAACCUUGCUUUCAAAAAUACUCCAGACACAGUAGUCCAACGGAUUGGUAUCCGGAGAUUUUGGUGGCCAUUGUGCGCUGGAAAUGAAGCGAGGAGCCUAGUUUUGUAACCAUUCUUGGGUGGCUCGUGCUGAGUGCGUUGAUGCUGAGUCUUGUUGGAAUGUCCAAGGUCUGCGGCCAAAAUGUUUGCGUGCCCAAGGCUUUUAUACACCCUCCAGAAUAUUUUCGCGAUUAUAAUCGGCAUUUAUUCUGAUGCCACGGUCGAUUAAUACGAGCAGAGAGCGACCAUCGGCUGUUAUGGCUGCCCACACCAUCACCAUGGCCGGCGCUAGAGUUCUGGUGGCAAACCGAAGGUGCACAUUUUCAGCUGACCUCUUUGAGAAGUAAACACGAUCAUUUUGUUUGUUUAAAAACUGCUAGACAACGAAUGUUUUCUCAUCGCAGAAAACCAAAUUCGGCAGUUCACCACAUUCGACCAAGCGAAGCAAAUCUUUAGCUCUUUUGAGUCUAUUUUCUUUCUGUUGCAGUGUAAGUUCUUGCACUUUUUGGAAUUUCAGUGACUUCACCCCGAGCUCAUUUUUCAAUAUUUGGUGAAUUUUUCGUCACUUUUCGAACCAUUUCUGUUUAUGUUGCUGUUUUCUUCCGUCCACGUACGGUAACGGGUGAUGGUACGAGACACAAAAUAUUUAUUCACAUUUAAAUGCUGGAGCGCUCUAAUGAUAGCCACAUGUGGUUUUCCAGCCAAAUAUAAAUAAAUCACACUAUCACGCUUGAAUUCCAUCACGAGUAACUGUUUUUCUGAAAAAUUCUCGCCAAAAUUCUUUUAUACGCUUGUAAACAAUUUAAUGAGCUGUCACUGGAAUAAUUUUAACAGCUGUCGGAUGAGUGGCUUAGAAAUGACAGCAGUCUGAAGUUGGUUGCUCUCAUGGCAUACCGCUACUAUAACGACAUUAGAAUCUACAGCAAAUAUAUGGAUUAUGUAUGGAUGUUCGGGUGAGAUUUUAGGUGGAUUCUUAAAGACGAUCGGACAUUUAAUUAUUUCUAGUAGAAUGUUUAGAUUCGUUACCAUAGUGGGAGAAUUUGAAGUGAGUUUCAAUAUUUCAGAUUUUUUCUUUUAAUAUUUGAACACAUAAUUAUCAUCGAUUAUCUGAGAACUUCCUUUGUCCUGACCCUAACGAAACAUAAAUCCAAACUCCAUGUAUAGUAUAAAACCAAAAAAAGUUAGAUAAAUUCUUAGACUAAACAAUUUAGCAAUUAAAAUAAUUAAAAAAUAUAAACAAAGAAAAAAAAAAUGGUGUGCUCAACAAUUUGCGCUGUGUUUGUUAUUAUUAUUACAACAACAACAAAAAUGAACAAGAAAAAAAGAAGAAAUUAUAAAAAAAGCAACUAAUCGUCAUGACAUCUUUAUUUCAUUGAUUAUGUUAUCAAAGCCACCUUACCUAUAUAUAUCAUAACUCACAUUUCCAUCUAUGUCAUUUUAUUUAUGGGACAUUACCAAUUAAAGGACCUUGUGGACAAAAUAAAUAUUUUUUACUAUUUAAUGUUAAGAUGUUCCACUAAAAGUGUAGCAUUCAUUCUCACAAAAGUAUUUGGAUGAAGAGCGAAGAAACUUUCAAGUGUAUCACUUAUACGGGGGCUAUACGAAAACGGUGCGAAGGCGGUGCUUAAUUUGGACUUCAAAUACCAAGUUUGGGAUAAUACAGCUAAUUCUGAUGAAUAGUAUAUACAGCUAAAAUCCUUAAAAACAAAAUAUUUGGAUGUACUGUUAUAUGGGGGCUAGACGAAGACAUGGAUCUGAACGGAAAAUUUUCCAUCAAUGGAAAUAGUACUGGGAACUCCAAAUUUGAAAUAAUUCUGGUGAGCAGUGAUUAAAAUCUUCAAAAUGCCGAAUAGAACUAGGUACCGCUAAAUUUGGGGCUACAAGAAGAUGUAAUUCUCUUUCAUAGAAGGUAGUAUCCAUUACGAACUUCAAAUACAAAAUUUGAAAUAAUUCAGGUGGCAAUUAAAUACCGAAUAUAGGAAGUUAUAAUUAUUUGGGGACUGUAGCAAAAUUUGGACAGUUCUAUGCAGGGUUAAAUUUGUGAAUAAAACACUUUAAAUGUGGUGGCAUAUUUUCAAUACCAGUUCUACGGGCCUAAAACACAUUUGAUUAAAAUUUUAUCAAACGACUUAAUUUAUUAUACCCUACACCACAUAGUGGUAAGAGUAUUAUGACUUUGUACAUUUGGUUGUAACAUGAAGAUGGAUUAACUAUCUCGUUAAUUUUGGUGAUCAGCAUAGAAUCACAUUUUGAGUCGAUUUAUGCAUGUCCGUCUGUCUGUAUGUCCAUGUAUUUUUGUAAACAAAAUGCAGGUGUCAUUUAUUAUUCGAUUGAGGUAAAAUUUUCGAAAUAACAUUUGCUUGGCUCAAGGACGAACCCUAUGGAAAUUGGUGAAAAUCGGUCCAAAUUUAGAUGUUGCUCCCAUAUAUAUCUUCAUCCGAUUUUAAGUUUCUUGUGCACCAAAUGGAAAAUAUCAGCCAACUAGAAUGUGCGUCAAAUUUGGUGAAAAUAGGUUCAGAUAUAGCUAUAGCUCCCAUAUAUAUGUUUCAUCCGAUUUUAGUGUUUAAGUGCCUUACAUUCGUUGUAUGCACUCCACAAGACAGCCUAACAAUUCGUAGAUAAGAUUUUAUCAAGUUCGGUUCAGAUUUGGAUAUAGCUGCCAUAUACAACUUCGGUCGAUUUCGGGUUAAUUAAUCACCAAAUGGCCAAUAUCAGCCCAAACAGCCUGAAGUUUGGCACAUUCGGUCAAGUUUAGCCUAGAAGCUAAUACAUCAAAAAUCGGUUCAGAUAUAGCUAUAUCUCCCAUAUAUAUGUUUCAUCCGAUUUGGUGUUUAAGUCCCUCAAAUUCGUAAAAUGCACGAUAGAAGAAUAAUAUAUGGUACCAGAUAUUAGAUACAGCCAAGAAAUAGCUGUUUUCAAUUUUAUAAAGAUCGGUUCAGAUUUGAAAAUAGCUCCCAUAUCAUUAUCCGAUUUCAGGUUUUUUCUGCACCAAAUGGCUAAUAUUAGUCCAAAUGGAUUUUCGCACUUCAACCAAAUUUAGCCUAGAAGCAAGAAUUUCAAAUUUGCUCCCAUAUAUAUAUUUCAUCCGAUUUGGUAUUUAAAUCUCCAACUUUCGGAAUAUUUAUAUUACCAUAAACAUAUACCAGAUAUUUUAUAGAGCUCAGAAAUGUCCAAUAUAAACCUUUCUUUUGCGAGAGCUCCACUAAAUAUGCAUAGUGGUGUAGGGUAUCAUAUAGUCGGGCCCGCCCGACUUUUGGGCUUUCCGCACUGGUUUGGGAAGCUAAAGUGGUUUCCAUGUCUAAAGCGGACAUGGCUAAAUACAAAAAUAAAAAGAAAAUAUUCCACAAACGGAGGAAUUGCUGUCUCAUCAUAGAAUGCUCACACUUUACAUUUUUAGAUAAAUCGUUAAGAGAAUCGUUAUUGAGAGAUUGGAUAGACUUGGAGAAAUUUUGCAGGGCUUAACUACCGCCGAUAAUAUGCAAGUAUCUGGUUAGUUUUUGAAACGACAACCUUGUUCGAGAAAAGGAGUUAGCAGAGAAAAUUCUCAAGAAAAUCUUUAAAUGCGGAAAAAUGUCUCGCAGGGUCGCAGAUUUUUCAGACAUGAAUUUCAGAUUCAUGGCUUGUAGUUGGGGGAAUAACUCUAGUUUAAUAAAAACUUUCGAAUAUAUUUUUUUAAAUUUCUUCCAGAGUUAGGUGUUUGUACCUUGAUUUCGUGAGGAUAUUUUUUUCUUGGGGAUACCCGAAUCUUUGAUCCACGGAUACCCGAAUCUUUGAUCCAUGAUCCGGAAUCGGGAUAUAUCUAAAUCAUCGACUUUUUGGACUCGAUUUUUUUUUAUAAAAUCCCCCAAAAGUCGAAAAAGACCCCAUUUUAUGGAGUCCGUAAAAUAUUUGCGAGAUAAAAGCUAUAUUCUAAAAUAUUACAACAUGUGCUGUUAUCUUUCCUGGAUCCAGAGAUAUAGGACCUUUAACCUGAACAACCCAAAUCUGUUCAGUUUUUCUAAAUUUGAUACUCCUUUUAAGUAAAUGGGCUUCGGCGGAGUGAUUCCGAAGUUAUAUCUUAAAUCCCGAUUUUUGGACUCGAUUUUUUAAUUCCCCAAAGGUCGAAAAGGGCCCCAUUUUUUGGAGUCCACAAAAUAUUUGCGAGAUAAAUGCUAAAUUUGAAAAUAUUUCAGCAUGUGAUAUUAUCUUUCCGGGAUCCGGAUAUAUAGGACCUUUAAACUGGACAACCAACAUCUGCUCAGUUUUUCUAAAUUUUAAGUAGAUGGCCUUCGGCGGAUUGAUUUUGAAUUUAUAUAUAAACCAUCGAUUUAUUGGACUCGAUUUUUUAAAAAAUUCCCCAAAAGUCGAAAAGGGCCUCAUUUUUUGGAGUCCACAAAAUAUUUACGAAAUUCUAUAAUAUUACAACAUGUGCUAUUAUCUUUCCUGGAUCCGGAGAUAUAGGACUUUUAACCUGGACAACCCAAAUCUGUUCAGUUUUUCUAAAUUUGAUACUCCUUUUAAGUUGCCGGCUUUCGGCCGAGGCUUGAGAUUUUCUCGACUACGCAAACUAAAAUUUUUCUAAUUUUCAUACUUUUUUAAGUAGUUAGGGCUUGAGAUUUUCUCCUCCAAGUAUGUCAAACACCGACUACCCGAACUAACAACUUUUUUAAUUUAAUAUUCCUUUUAAGUAGCCGGUCUUUGGUCGGGGUUUGAGAUUUUCAUCUCCGGUUGAUUGAUCCAAAGUUUUUGUUUUUAAAUUUAAUACUCUUUUUAAGUAGCCGAUCUUCGGCCGGCGCUUGAGAUUUUCAACUCUGGGUUUCCCCAACACCGGCUACACGAACUAAUUUUUUUUCUAAAAUUAUUUUUUUUUAGCUGCCCGCUUUCGAUUUUCGCGAUUUUCUCUUUGGGAAAGUCCAACACCAGCUACGCGAACCAACAACUUUUUUAAUUAAAUAUUUCCUUAAAAAAGUCGGUCUUCGGCCGAGGCUUGUGAUUUUCAACACUGCGAACUAAAUUGUUUCUAAAUUUGAUUCUUUUUCAAGCAGCCGGUCUUCGGGCGGUAUAUCCAAUACCAACUACACGAACUAAAUUGUUUCUAAAUUUAAUUUUUUUUAAGUAGAUGACCUUCGGUCGUUGGUGGAUAUUUUCUCUUUGGGUAUGUCCAACACUGAAUACGCAAAGUUUUUUAUACUGAAAACAUAAUUUCAAUGUUCUGAACAUAAUCGGCUCAUCCGGGUUCUAAUAACCUAUAUCUCUAGAUCCAAAAAUAUAAUAACACACAUUGUAGCAUUUUGGAAUGGUUAUAGUGUCAACUAUAUUUUGACAUUAAUUUUGUGGACUCCAAAAAUGGGGCCUUUCUUGACUUUUGAAGAUGUUUUAAAAAAAUCGGGGUCCAAAAAAUCAUUAUUUUCGGAUACACUGCCCUUUUAAAUUACUCCAUCAUGUGACCACUUAUUGGACAAUAUCCAUAUCGGCUUAGUAGGUCCGGGUCGGUAACCCGGACUUUAGGCUCGAAUACCGGGCAUCUGGGUCUAUCCCCCCAAAAAUAAAAAUACUUUCCCGGAAUCAGGAUAUGAAUACCUACCUCUGGAAAAAUUGUAAAAACAAAACGGAGAUUUUUUAUCGAAGUAGAGUUAAGCCCUAUACUAUAACUAUGACUUUUUUUAUUCUCAAAAAGAAGAUGCAGUUUCCUUCAUAUCGAAAUCAAAAAUUCCAAAAAUUUAUUUAUUUUUUGCAUGGCUAUCAAGCUCAUCAUCAUCACCAUCAUUUCACAACAUUUUUUGCCAUUAUGUUUUCCAAAACUCAAAUCAAUCAUACCACAACUAAAAUCUAAAUAUUUUUCAAAAGCAAUAUCUUAUUAUGGAAACAAAAGAAAAACAUUUAAUUAAUCAAUAAUGCACAAUAUAUAUUUAUAGAGAGAAAAAAUUCAAAAUGAUAUUUAGCACUAAUAUAGUUACAAAAAGUAUAAAUAAAUUUUACUACAACUACUUAUUAACGAUUGGAACAAAAGAAUAUUUAAAAUAAGUUUACUGCUUAAGAAGCCCAUCGAAAAAAAAUGAAAACAAAUCUAAAAUAUUUAGUUAAGCUUUCAAAAGGAUAAUGUAGUUACCCAAGAAGUGUUAGGCUAAUGUUGAAAAAAAAAAUAAAAUAAA